CGUGCGUGAGUGCAUGUGCGCGCGUGCGCGUGUGUUGGAUGGGCGGCAGGGGGCAACACCACGUGACGCCGCAUACUUUCCUCUCUGCCUUGGGGUGUGCGCGCUGCGCCGGACGGAGGGACGCGGCGCGCAGAGAGAGCAGAGCGCAAGAAGACACCACCACCAUCAUCAUCAUCAUCGCCACCACCAACACCAACCACUAUCAUCAUGUCGUGGCUCAUGGCGAGACCCGUUGCCAAUGCCCGUCUCUCCGCACAUCGUUACGGCACCCACCGCGCCCGAUAGGCUAAAGAUGGCGAGAUUACAGCGUGGGAUUAGCGCUUGAUGGGAUACCCCUAACGCUCAGACAGUACACUUUUUGUGCGCGCAAGUGUGUGUGUCGCAUUGUGUAACUAGUAACUAACGGCCGACAGAACGCGGCUGCCUGGGCCGCCGUCUGUGCGAGGGUGCUUUUUUUUGUGUUCGCGUUAUUUUGCGCGCGCGUCUGUGGGCGCGCGCGCGUGCGUUUUGUUUUGGUUGGCAUCCCGUCCUCUUUCCAAAGACCGCAUCCACGGCGACCUCGCGCGAAAGUGUCAAGGAGGUUGUCGCGAUUUCGUCCGAAGAAGGAAUUGGCAUCGGCGGCGUCACAAAAGCAGCCAGCAGUUGCAGCAGCAGCAGCAUCGUCAGCGUGGAACGUCAACAACAUCGACAACGUCGUCCCCGUCGUCAUCCUGAAUAACCGCUGCUACUUGCCAAGUUGUCACAUGGCGGGCGAGGCUCGAUCCGGCGGCUCGCGCGCGGGAUUUGUCGGCGUCGACUUUCGACCGAAGCCUUCGAAGCGGCUGCAGCUCGCGCUGCUGGCCUUGACGGGGUUGUGCACGGCAUGCUGGUGCGAGGAGCUGAGCUGCAGCCCGGGUCCCCUGGAGCUCGUGGUUUCCCCGAGCCAGGCGGCCGUGCUCGACUGCCACCUCACGGGCGAGAGCCUCGGUGCCACCGGUCCCAGCUCCGGCCGCGCCACCGCCGCCGUCGGCAACGUGACGUGGACUCACAACGGGGCCCCGCUGGCGGCCGAGAACCAGGCCGUGCUUGUCCUCCCCAACGGCUCGCUGGCCCUGCCGCCCGGGAACGAGGACCUGGACGGCGGCAACUACGCGUGCGAGAUGCUCACGCCGUACGGGACGCUGGUCAGCCGGCCGAUCCGCCUGCGUUACGCCGUGCUGCCCAAGUUCACCCAGCACCCGGUGCCGCAGAAGGUGCCCGAGGGGAGCGUGGCGCGCCUGCAGUGCCGCAUCGAGGGCUCACCGCCGCCCGUCAUCACGUGGGAGAGGGACCACACGCCUCUGCCGCCCGACUCGCGGUUCACGGCGCUGCCCAACGGCGUGCUGCAGAUCGCGAAAGUGGAGCUCGCGGACGAGGGGUCGUACCGCUGCGUAGCCUCGAACUCGGCGAAGAAGCGCUACAGCCAGGACGCCGCCCUUGAAGUCAACUCAGGAGAGAAGAACGAGUCCCAGGACCCGGCGAUUGUGGUCCGGCCGCAGAACGUGACGGUGGUGGCCGGGCGCUCGGCCGUGCUGGAGUGCCUCGCCACGGGCACCCCCGACCCCAUCGUCUCCUGGAGCCGCCUUGACGGGAUGCCCAUCAGCCCAGACGCGGCGGUGCUCGGUCGCUUCAACCUGCUGUUUGUCCGCGUGCGCGCGGUCCACGCCGGGGCCUACGUCUGCCGCGUCAACAAGCUCGGCUCGCGGCAGUUCACCACCGCCACGGCGCAGCUUGCCGUGCUGGUGCCCCCCGCGAUCACGCAGCCCCCCGAGACGCUGAGCAAGGCUCGCGCCGGCACCGCGCGCUUCAUCUGCAAGGUGGAGGGCGAGCCGCCGCCCGUCAUCCGCUGGCUCAAGAACGGGCGGCGCAUCCUCUCCAACGGGCGUGUGCGCAUCCAGAACAACCACAACCUCGUCAUCAACCAGCUGGCCGUCGAGGACGCCGGGCCGUACCAGUGCGUGGCCGAGAACGGGGUGGGUUCGGCAUGCGCCUCGGCCCGCCUCACCGUCACGAUCCGCGAGGGCCUGCCGGGCCCGCCGCGCAACCUGCGUGCUACGGUGCAGUCCAGCGUGGCGCUCGUCAUCGGCUGGGAGAGGCCCGAACAGUACAGCGGAGAGAUCAUCGGAUUCUCCAUCCACUACCAGAAGGCCGUCGGCAUAAACAACGAGGAGUACCAGUUCGCGGUGAACAACGACACGGCCGAAUUCCUGCUGAAGGACUUGGAGCCCGACACCAACUACACCAUCUACAUGGUGGCCUACAGCCAGCGAGGCGCCAGCCAGACCUCGCAGCUGCUCACCGUGAGCACGCCCGAGGACGUCCCGUCGGCGGCGCCGCAGCUCUCCCUGUCGAGCGCCGGCGGCACAGACAUCCGCGUCACCUGGCUCCCCCUGGAGAGGGCGGAGAGCCGCGGCCGCGUGCUGGGCUACCGGGUCGAGUACUCGGCGCAGCGGGAGGACACGGUGCAUGCGGUAGAGGUGCCGGGCGGGGAGACCCAGGUGACGCUGAGCGGCCUGCAGCCGAGCCGCGCCUACCGCGUGCGCAUCUCGGCCGCCACCGGCUCGGGUUCCGGCGAGCCGUCGCCGUGGACGCUGCACCGCACCACGCCGCACAGCAACCGCACCGCACAACCACCCGUCCUGCAGCUCACCGUGGAGUCCAACAGGACGGCUCUGCAAAUCUCCUGGCAUUUGCCCGCCAACCACUUCCAAAUCCGCGGGUACCAGCUGUACUGCCGGCAAGCGCCAGCCGCCCAGGAGCUGGCGGAUGAGCUGGAGGACCCAGGCGAUGAGCCGCCGAUUGAUGGCACGGACUGGCUCAUUGGCCCCAUCUCGCUGCGCAGGAGAGCGACUCACUACACGAUCUCGGGCCUGAAGCCCGGCGUGCUGUACGAGGUGCGACUCGUGGUACACGCCAAACACGACAAUGCCCACGUGGUGACAUGGAGGGGCCGCACGCCCGACCCGCCCAACCGCCCCCCUGCCAGCGACCCCGGCGUGCUGCCCGAGCUGCCCGAGCUGCCCUCAUCGCCGAUGCCGCCCACGCACCUGCUCGCCCAGGGCAACAGCUCGAGCGCCGUGCGGCUCUGGUGGCGCAAGCCGGCGUUCAGCAACGUGGAGAUCGUGGGCUACACGGUGCGCUACGCCCCCUCGCCCGCCCCCACCAACGCCUCGGCCUUCAGCUACAUCCCGUGCGCAGAGGAAGGGCUGCUCGUGCAGGGCCUCAAGCCCUUCACGCGGUACCAGUUCUCGGUGCAGUCGCACGGCCGCAACUCCAACGGGCGCUUCGGGGACACCGUGGAGGAGGCGACGCCGCCCGACCGGCCCAGCACGCCGCCUAUGGACGUGACACUGAGCGCCGUGGACGUGCGGUCGGUGCGCGUGGCCUGGGGGCCCCCGCUGGAGCCCAACGGCCCCGUGUCCGAGUACGUCCUCAUCUACAGCUCCAACGCAUCACUCCCGCGGGAGAUGUGGACCGCCAUCCGCCGUGCCGGCGACGCGCUGAGCGCCGACAUCGUGGGUCUGGAGAGCGGCACCCUCUACUUCUUCAGCGUGGGAGCCAAGACGCCGGUGGGCGCAGGCCCCUUCUCCACCGCGCUGUCCGUUAACACCCUCGUCGAGCCACAGACAACAGGCCUGCCGUUGCUCCUUAACGUGCACUCCCUGACGGGCAUGCUGGUCGGCGUGUGCAUCGCCUUUGCCUGCGUCUCCCUGUGCGUCGCCGUCCUCCUGUGCCGAUCCAAACACGGGCGCGCCUCCCGUCCCGGCGACUGCUGUCUCCCUGGCGCGCCGGGCGACUCGACGGCCUCGGCGUCGGGAAACGGGCCCCAGAUGAGGAACGGCCGCCCCCUGGACUCGCACGAGCUGGAGACGCUCAUGUGCUGCCAGGAGGCGGCGGGGCCGGACGGCACGACGCGCCCGGGCCGCGACGUCGCCGCCGCCGCCGCCACGACGGCGUCGUCGUACUCGCCGUCGCCCUCGGCCCGGGAUCCCGAGCGCCAGCAGCUGGUGCCCAACGGCACGGCCGUGUCCGCGCGCAACAAGGUGGGGAACGGCAGCACCAACCAUGCGGCCACCUGCGUCACGAGCUUCGCAGACGAAACGGCGACGUGCGACGUCUUCUUGAGUCCCAACAGCACGGCGCUCACCGACCUCAGCCUGGACUCCUCUGCGGACGGGGAGGUCUUCUCCAACGGGGGUCAGACCAAUCAGUCGGACUCGGGCUCCUUCGCGGCGGUGGAUGAGGGCGGCCCAGCGACGGACGCCGAGCCGGCCGUCAAGUCGCCCGCGUCGUCGGACAAGGGCCUGGCCGACUCGCCCGAGGAGCCGGCGCCGUCGCAGCAGCAGCCCCAUCUCAGGGGGGCGCCGUGCGACGGGGCCGAGGAGCCGGACGACGUAAACAAAGACGUGGAAGACCCCGCUGCCCCUUUCCACUCGCCCCAUCGCGCCUCUUCUACCUCGCCGGCCGGGCAGCCGUGACCCACGCCGCGGCCGUGAACGCUGACGUUGUUGCAAAAAAAACACAAACGAGAGCGUCCUGGAAACAGGAUCUUGCAAAGGGAUGUUUGGACGUUUCCGCCAAAAGGAGAGCGAGAGAAAAAUGAAAAAGCAGAAAAGUUUAAAAAAGUGAAACAAACAUCCGCAUUUUAAAAACAUGAAAGAAAAGGAUCUCAGGUUUGUGAUUCUUGAGUAACACGUACACUCUGCGAGUGCGAGCAGUCUGGGAACUUUUGUAUGAAGAGUACCGAACUGUGAAAAGGAAAACGCAAUCUAUGCUGCGGUUUCUCGACUGAAACCUACACGGACUCAAGUGUCGUCAGUUUGAAGCCUCUAGUGCAAGGUCUCCGGUUUCCAUUUGUGUUUUGUUGCCGUUGGUUUAAUGACAAACAAAUCAACUGAGGAUGAAACGGUGUAAUUUCUAACGUUUUUUUAUUCAUUAUUUUGUAUUCCGCUGCAUAAAAAAAAAGACUGGAAUGGUGCUCCAAUCUUAGGUCACGAAACGGCAGAAUAUAGGUGCUUUUUGUUAAUGUUUCGUUUCUAGAUUACUGAGAAGACAACACGACUACCUCAUUACCACACAAAGUUCUGUCUUUUCGUUGACUUAAAAAUAACAACAACAUUCUGAUGUUUCACCGAACGAGCCCUCUCGUGUCCUCGAGUCAACCAAAUGCGCCAAUCAGCUCCGUGUUUGUAAAACGGUUGUUGGAAACCGCCCGGCAUUCUGGGUAACCACGAUCGGCUUCCUGACUGCCGGUGCCACAGUUCGGUAGCGGGCUAACAACUUUUUGGUGACCGCAUUCUUUUGUUUUUGUCGCUCUUAAUUUCAACGUUUGCCUCAAAGUGCCUUCGAAAAAUUGAAACGAACGGAAUUAUGCAGAACAAAAUUGAAAUGUUUCGACAGAGUUUAGUUGCUGCUGGAAAAAAAGAACGACAGCUUUGAAAGUUGGGUCCAAACGUGCUAAAUUAGUGUUUUGCCUCCUUGACGGGUCCUCGUGACACCAUCUUCUGCAGGUCUUUUCAUUCCUGGUUUAUUCCACGCAUGCUUUCCCCCCGCAAAAUGUCACAGCACACGUGCUGGUGUGUUCGAGUAUCCGUAGUCUUGCCCUGUGUUUUUAAUGAGCUGUAAAUUUUCCAAAUAAUGUCGGCUGCUCAGCGACACCUGAUCUUUGCUUUGACGCAGCAGUCGAUAAUUAUUUUACAAACCGCCAAGUUAUAUGGUUCUUGAUGAUUAUAUCAGAAGGGACUGCCACAUGCUUUAGUAUAACGGUACAAAAUCACUGAGGUGAGAUAUAGAAGCGGAUCUCUAUCACUAAAUCUUUCCCUCAAUGGACCGAUUAAGCAGAAUGGACAAGGUCCCUUUAUUGGAACGUCUUGACUCGCCUGAACGAGAGACGAAAACUUGUUAAAGCAGAUUUUUUAUAUAUGUCCCACCCUGCCACACAUGAGGUGCUAAUAAUGCAUGUGGCACAGAUUCGGAAAAAUCUACAGCGGUGUCCGCUUAGUCAGGAAUUUUAAAAAGCAGUACAUUUCUAUGAAAAAAAACAGAUAUAUUGUUGUGCAGAUACUUUGUUGUCAUUUGAUUUUUUUUGCAGAUAACUGCAAUUAAAUAACCCUAAUGUCCUGUAAAUUCCCACAAGGUGCUGUGGCGUAAUCACGAGAUUUCCAUCAUCGGCGUACGGUUGCCACCCUCGGGGGUACGCAGACACCAAGAUGUAACCGUGGCAGGUACAAAAAUGUCUCAUAAUACCGGAAGAGGGGAUGGACUACCUGUAAAAAAAAAAUGUUUCGUGAUUUCGGUGGUCGAUCAUCGCCUAACUGAUAAUGCUUCUUGAAAGAUUUGCAAGUUUCCCGGGACAGCUGCCUCGAAAAGAGGAGUCCCUGGGAAAACCAGGAUGGGUGGCUACCACACCCGUGGGCAGGACUUGCAAAAGCGAGGGUCGUACCUGGAGACUCUGUGGUCGCCUUGGCCGGGGCUGCUGGGCCUGGCGACCUCUUUGAGUGCCAGAGGCACGAGGGGGCUUCUUCACCCACUGGACCGAGUCUCAGGGUCCACACAGAAUGAGGGGCGACGUGGGGUUUAUGGGGGGCAGGGGUGGGUGGGCCCAGGGAAUAUAUUGGGACCCCCUGGGGGAGACAGGGGAGGGAUGUUGGGAGGGGAAACUUCAUAGCACUUAUUUUUGUGGAGCGGGAAGUUGAGGCGACAGUCUGAAAGAAGAAAAUGUGCAGCGUAAAAGCGAACGGAAAGUUUAGAAACGAAAACAUACACGUAGCGCCCGGGCCAGCAGGUUUGGGUAAUUACAACACGCAACAUUUGUAACUGUGACAUUUUCCUGCCAUGUUUUGUACAACAAUGCAGUUUUUACUAUUUUAGAUUGGUUGACGAAGUGUUUUUAUCGGUCAUUUUUCAUUCGAGCUGCACUGUAUAGUAUUUAAAUGAGAGCUGCGGGAUGGGUGCGGGAGGGGACAGGGGUAAAUAAUAUUCUUCUGGUUACGAACGAAAAAAAAGACAUGUGCAGCGUUUGCUGGAGAGUUUGGAGCCUUUUUUUGUACGAUGAACAGUUCUGGACAGAAUGUGUUUUUUUAUAUAUCUCUCGUGAUGGUUUUUUCUUUGUAUUUCUACAUCCGAACCUCGUACGGACUCCCGUCACAGACAACACGGUGGCUGCGGCGACGAUGGCUCCGGCUUCCAUGCCGGCCAGCGCGCGCCCGCAAAGCGCCGCUUUGCGUUUCUUGGAAGUCCAUGCCACGUUUUUAAUGCCCGUCCGUCACGUCAUGCCUUUGGAGUGCCCAUUCACCGCCGCUCUCCCCGCUCCGGGGGCAGGAGCCCAAGCUCAGGCAGCUGCGGGGACAUCGUUGGCGACAGCUCCUGGUCGAACGGGGCGCCACCACGCCCGGUGCCCAGGUGGCAGCCGACUGCAGUAGUCACCACAGCCCGAUGAUUGUACAGCGGACUGACCUCCAACCAAACGGCAAUUUGCCUAUGCGCCUAAAAAAUAUAUAAAAUAAAAAAAUACCAAUGCAGCCUAGUUAUUUUUUAUACAUAGGCCAAAUAAACAGUAGAGCACUUAAUGCUUUAACGGCAUUAGCUGGGGAAUGGCUUAUUCGGAAUAAUGCUCCCGUUUAACUCUUAAAGGGGGCUUGAACAAAAAACUCGCACGGACUUCCAGGACAAUUUGGGACUUGGAAAGGAGACCCCAGUGGGCCCUCCACCUCAUCCCAGUGGUUCCUCUUGACUCUCCGCUGCAAAGGCCGCUGCUGGGGUUGUCCUGCAGCUUCUUGACCCACCAUGUCAGGCUGACGACGAUGUCGGUCUUCAGAGAGCCGAAGGUGGGGGCUGAGCGAGCCCUUCCCUCGCAGAAUUGCCGUUUAAAAUUGAGAGCUACUGUCAGCGGAUCGACCCGGCGACACCAAUUGAGUUAUUAAUCGCUACCCUUGAAGAAUUAUUGAUGCCAUAUGUACUUAAGGUUUUUUUUUGAUGAACACAUAAAUUACUGACAAAAUUUGUUUUAGAUGCCUUACACUUGGUUAAUUCAUCUGAUCGUGACUCUUGUAGUUUACAAUUGUGCACCGUGGUAAUUUUACUUUUACCGGCGUUACAAAAGCACGCCAAUACCCAAUCCGACGUGGCCGAUAUUAUAAAAUUCGUGACAAGCAGCGCGGCGCGUUAGCUUUCAAACAUCAGUUAACGGAAUUAUUAAACCCCGCGACUUGAAUUCCAGUUUUUCCCUCGACAGAUCGGCCUUCUGCCGUGGUUGUUGCUGAGGUGUAAGGCGGCGGGGGGGGGGGGGGGUCUCGUGGGCUAAUUGCAGAUAUUCGACUUUUUCCUUGAAAUUUUAAAGGAGAGUCCAGAUAAAUCACUGGUGGGUUAUGCGUCGGCCUCAGACAAACAGCUGUUACCUCAGGUAAUUGUAUAAUUCAUUUUUGCCAUGAUGAAAUGUGUUAAGGUAUGCAAGGGCUUUUUUUGACACUAAAAAAGCUGAUAUUUAUACACAAAAGUUUGCCAGCUGUACACACGAUGUACUCAUUCAGGGCAAAAAACAAAUGAAGUUUUUUUUUUCUUUGUGUUACUCGUUGUAUAAAAAGGUAGCAGGGAUUUUCAACAAAUUGUGUUGUCAUAUACAUUUUUUAAAUACUGUUUUUUUUUUAAAAGAGCCUUUUACAAAUGAACAGUUCGGUUUUUUUUGUGUUUCAUGUUAUGCAUCUCUGUUACCACUGUUACGUGACUCAGUGAUGUCCAAUCUGUAAUAUAUUUAUAUUUACAGUAGCGCGUAACGACAAGUAAAUAAGAUACUGUGAGAAUGUUAAAUGCAUGGUAGUAUGAAGAUUUUGAAGCUCAUGUAGAAGUCUUCAAGUGGACGCUGUAGAGCUGGUUCAACAUUGUGCGUGUUCGGAUAUUUCUGCCGGCAGUGCGGAAUUGUGUUACGCGUGCGCAGUUUUUUUUCAAUGCGGCAGCUGCCAGGUCGGUCAGUCGCGGUGUUGCCAAACUCGGCGAUUUUGUCGCCAGACCCAGCGAACUUUUGAGUUUCCCCGAGCGGCAAAAUUCCGUCAAAGCGGAAAAAUCUGUUGACUUUCUGGGGCGAAUACGUAACGCAGAUUUCAACAGCGAUUCCAUGCUUGUAUUAAGGAUCUGGUAUUAGUUUACUAUGUUGAAUACUUGGUAAAUUGCCUGUUGACGUGAUUCCAGGUGUGUAUUAAGGAUCAUCUGUUUUAAUACUUGGUCAACUAUCUGGCGACAUGUUAGUCGACUUUAGAAGGUCUAUCUGGUGCACAUCUAGCGAUUCUUAGAAGUUCGUUUCGGCUACUUUCCGCUUUAAGGAGUUGGCAACAUUAAUCGAUUGGACCACGAGGUCACGAGUUGUCAUCCUGCCAUGCAGAUACAGCCCAAAAACAUCACGUGCGACCUGACGGCCCCCCGUGGUCCACGCCUUGCACUCGCCGGAGUUUGCGUCGAAUGCAGCUGGGACAGCUCUGAUAUUAACCGCAGCGAUUGUGCAGAUACAAUGGUAAUUAUAACGGGGCAUCCUUGUCAAUGAUCAUAUCUGAAGGUAGACAAAGCUGAUAACGAUCAUGAUGAUAAUAAUGAUAAUGAUGGUGAUCCUUGGUCCGACUCGACACACGUGCGUGCGUUCGGGCGUGUUGGCGAGAAAACGGUGGCAGGGUGAUCGUUUCGCGGCCGCUGGCUCUCCUGGCUGAAUUUCCAUUUGCCGUUUCUGCAGCAGCAGCGGCGGCGGCGGCGGCGGCGGCGGCGGCGAUGACCCCGUGCUGGCUUCGUGUCGGUGUCGCACAACGCCUCUCGCGCCGCACCAGGAGCCUGUCGCGCGUAUUAAGAGGGAAAUAUCCGGCUGCUCGCGCGGGCAUUUAAACUGCUAUGAUGUCAUCAGCGGUUUGUAAAUGAAUUGUAACAAGUUUAUAACCUUUUUCUUCGUAACAUCAGCAGCAUAUCUCGAGUGCCCCCCGUGCCCGUGUGCCCCCGGCGUGCGUGACCCCGUCAAACUCCCCUUGGCUCAUCUCAAGCAGAAUUCCCACCGUCUCUUUUAUUACUAUUGUUUUUAUUAAAUUUCCCUUUUUACAUUAUCCUCAUAUCUAACAGUUUUAUUGUUAUUAUCAUCAUGGCAAAUAAUGUUUUUUUUUGUUAUUUAGACCGAAGCCAUCUUUACCUUCAUUUUAUUUCAUAUUUAAUUGUUGCUAUUCCAUUACUUGCUAAGUUCUGCUACGAGGAUGAAUUAAGAACAAAGCGGAGGAGGGAGGGAGGGAGGGAGGUUGGAGGUUGGAGGGUGGAUGGAUGGAGCAGGAGGAGGCUGCACUGCUUGGAGACGCGUGGCGCCCGGCUUUUUUUUUGUUGUUGCUCGAGGACGUGGCGCUGUCGCGCGUCGCCGUGCUGCUGCUCGUCUCUUCCCGUGCCGCCGCACGAAGGCCGGUCGCGUGGGGCCGUGCCGCAUGCCAACCUGGCUCCGCUAACAUGGGGCAGGAGUGCCCCCCCUCCCCCCCCCCCCAUCCGCCCGCCCGCCCGCCGAAACAGUGCGGUCCAAAAACCCAAGUUAUGUUUUUAUUUGUAUUAAAUCAGCCUGUUAUUCCCCUCCUGUGGAACGCUGCAAUGCGAUCUUACACUCUCGUAAGAUGCAACAUUCGACGGUAAGCAGUCGUAUGAAAGAGAAGGCACGGGAGGUUUCUGCUACCCGUCGUAAGCGUGUACAAAUAGUAACGUGUAAAUUAAAUAAUACAUUAAAGGCAAAUUAUGUAAAAUGUUUCCCAAAAGAAGACCGGGUUGGCUGACAUGACAAGAUCUAUUUUCUCUCAAUUAUAUUCCACUCGUGCAGAAAAAAAUGUCCUUUAGGAACUAUUGCACCACUCCAUGCAUCAACCGGUGUUUGAGAAAAACCCAUUGGAGGUGAUUAUCCAGAACUACUGAGGUUCCAAGGGACCUCUUUGUCUACACCAGGGGAUGCUGCUGCACUCUCCGACCCGUACUGCUGUGGAGACGUCAGUUACAUGUCAGUCGUAUUGACACCGUUGCCAAAUUAAAUGAAAAUUGACACAAGCACAUCGUUUCCAAAUUGAGCACUUGAGAUGGCCGCUUUGUGUGAACGCCGCUCUUCGGAAAGACAUUUCGGCUGAACAUUUAACAGACGGCGACAGGGGAAGAAAAAAAAGUACACGUAUUGUUUCAGAAUUCCUCUACACGGUAUAUUUGCUGGAGUGGCAACGUUACACUUCACGUAAUCGAUUGAUGAUUAUCGCAAACCGUCUGCAAGAAUAACGGCCGUGCAGGAAGGGGGAUGAGCCUCCUGUGAUGGAACGGAGCCGCUUUGACAGCACUAAAUGUCGGCGCGCGUAUUCGGCGCAUGCGCUGUGCUGGAGAUGCAGGUGGCGGUGCAUGUAGAUUGAUGUGCGUUUUUAUUUUAUUUUCCUGUAAAUCGAUAACGAUAUUUAAAGGAUGUAAAUUUGAAGGGUGGGUGGGGCGGUACGGGGCGGGGGAGUAAAACGAAAAUAAGUGCUGUAGGUGGCUGCUAUGUGUGUAUUGUGUAUACAGACAUUACAAACGUUACGUGGUACGUUUUAUACAAAGUGCAUUCUGGUGUUACCCCCCCCCCCCCCACCUUUGCCUUUCUGCCACACGAGCCGCGUCACGCAGCCACGUGCGUCGCGCGUUCAUUGGCGCUGCGGUGCCCCCCAAACGCGGGACAAAAAAAAAACGAAAAGAAAUCCGAAUCGCCCCGGGAGAAAAUUAAAACGAAUUGGCGGCUUAAUACUGACAGGCGGGAAUCCGUUCGAUUUGGAGACGUUUAUUCACGAGACCGGCUCGGCCAAUCUCUGCGUUCCGUUCAAGUGUUAGGCGAUUAGGUCAGUUUGUUCAGAGGUAUUCGGCAAGAAGUGGAACAUAAGGGACUGCACUUGGAGUGUCACAGAAACCCGUGCUGAAGAGGCAACGCACCUGUACCAAAUGUCCUCAUUGACAAAUAUUGCUUCGUGACUUAAAUUUACAAGUUUAAAUCGGCCGACGUCACGGGGAAUUGGUAUCGGUGGAAGAUCGGGUGACUUGGAAUUUGGAAUUUUGGAGGCAUCAGACUUGCAGAGUUAAAAUAUUGUCUCUUUGUCCCGCUCUGCUCUGAUGAAUGGUCAUUACCAUAAAUGUUAGCUCAUAUUUGUUUUCAGCUGUAGAAUGAGGCCGCGUUAAUCAAGACGGUGGUGAAGCCUUUACAGCCAAUGAUCAGGUAUCCGCUGCCUUGUAACAGCAAUGCAAUGUUGGUAUUCCGUCGGACAGUAUGGAGAGAAGCAACCAGAAAAACCCACCUCCUGCAAAGUUCCCAACUAUCAUUUACCAAUUCUAGAUUUAAAGCUUUCGUGACUGCUAGGAUCCAUACUCUUUGGUUCUAUUGACUUUACCCAAUAGAACCAAAGAGUAUCAUUUACCAAAUUCCAUUAAAACUUUGCCCCCCGUAAUUUUUGUAAUUGGAUCCAAAGUUGCUGUUUUUUUCAUAUAAUUUGUACGCCUAUGAUGCUUAAACAGUUACACUGGAUUUUAAGUUGUAUAUUUUGUAAACAAAACACAAAAACACUUCGCAGAAUCUACUUAAUUCACAAUUAUGAUCUGCGCCGGCAACUCAAGUCGAUUGUUGAGGCGCGGAGGUGGUUUGUAUUCCCACGAAUAAUUAAGCCGGGUUGUUGUUGCGUUGAUCCGGCCCGGAGAGAGGAGGCUCCUUACCAAAAGACGGCGCGACGUUGGGCACUUCCAAGAAUCCACGUGGGGACCGUUCCCGUUUGCUAUCACAGUUCGCUGUGCGUGCCCGCGCGCUGGGCUGAAGGUGGAUUCAGAAACCUUACGGACGUGUGAUGCAGAAUGGUGAAUGACAGCUAUACACCAAGCUUCGUGUUUAAUACUGUACGUCGUCUUCGCGAGACUUGAUAUAAAAAAAGAAAUUACGUAAAAAUAAAAAAAAUUAACCCCUUACGUACAUAGGACA